UCAGCUGUCCACAUACUUUUGGCCUGGUAACAGUUAUUGCAGUUUGUGGAUCAAUUUAUGAGACAUAUUUAUACGAUAUAGUUAUACUGCCGUGAGUAUGUCUAUGUAAAAAACAAGAAAAAAGAAAAGAAAAGAAAAGAAAAUGAUUACAAAAGGAUGUUCCCUGCCCGAUUUCCACAGCAGCCAUGGGGAGGCGCUGUUACCGCAUUUUACGCAAGCCUGGUCAUCCGAACCUCUAACAAGCAUCCAUCCUUUCCGCAUCAUCCUUCCAUUUUUGUGCCAUCUCUCCUCUCCCCCCUCUCUUUCUCUCUCUCUCUGCUGAGGAUGCUGUGUGAAUGAUCUCUCCAUCUCUCCAUACCGACAUGUGGACUGAUCGUGCAACAUUUUCCCACUGACGCUAGAACAUCUUGCAAGCCGGUUGAAAGCAACAGCUUCUGGUGUCUGUCAAAGUGGAGCAAUUAUCUUUGCUUCAAAAAAGAUGCAAGAAUAUAUUAUUAGCAUGAGCUUGUAAAACUGUUAAAGCAUCUCAAAAGAAUCCCAAAAGAGAAAUGACACUAAAAUUGAUGUGACAGUCAUGAGAACCUAGAAACACAGUUUCUUAAUGAAACAUGAGCAUAAAUGACAAGCUUGUUGGACCUGUUGGAUCCAGCUUUCAGGCCGAUCAUGGGGAAAUCAGAAACAACAACAGGUGCUCUGAGCAUUCAUGGGAUGGAGAUGCCAAUGCAAAUGAGCUUCAAAGUAAAACUUUGGAGGACAGUGGUACUCAGUCCUCUUUUGUAUCUCACACCGAGGAACAGGACAAAAUCAUCAUCUGGGGCACAGAUUCUCAGUAUGACGAUCCUGAACUGGCAGAGUUUGAGAUGUUGGAGUGCCAGGAACUGGAGGCUUAUGUUGUCGAUUCAGAGGACAGUUAUGUUAAAGACGACGGACCUACACUAGGGACCUUUUCCAAAACUAUCACUCAAACUGAGGUUGAUGUUCAAAAAGACACAAAACUGGACACACGAGGGCAAGAAACAGCUUCCCACAAGUCCAUCAGCAAAGAGAUGGAGACAUGCACUUCCAGGGCUGAGUUUAACUCUGAAAAUGAUGUAUUUGUAUCUUGUUACUCCACAAUGUCCAGUCUUACCUCACAGUCCUGUCUGACCAUCUCAGAUAAGAGCAGAAGUUCUCCACACACUGAAGGAACUCAUGUAGAUCUCAAUCUGAACAAUACUGUUUUACCUGAGGAACCUUUUUUAGAAGCACAAGAAAACCAAGCAGCUCAAAACCAACCUGUAAAAACAUGCAAAGAAUCCUCAGGCCAGUUGAAAAAUGACAUAACUGAAUGUAAACCAACCAUUGCAGGUGCUAAAAAUGAGCACAACAAAACAGAAAAUGCCAGUGAGAACAAUGCAGAUGCUGCUGAGAAGCACCCGACUUCAAUUAAGGAAGAAUGCAAACAUAAUGAUCCAAAAGCAGUUUCAUUUCAGCAGAAAUCUUGCAAACCAUUUGGGUCAGAUGACAUACAUUCUUUUUCAGUGGCCAACAAGAUUCCUCAUGAUACUAGUCAUGAAAUAAAAUCUAAACAAUCCCAAAAAGAGGAAACUUUAGAAAUGGCUCAAAGAUCCUUUAAGCCAGACUCAUCAGAAACACCCAGUCACAGUGUGGUAGCGGAACCCAGACUGUACCAGAAACAGGCAUCUUUUGAAAGAACUCAGAGCACUAGCCCAUCCAGCCUGCAAAAACGAAUGCCAUGGGGAACUUCAUCACACCCCUCUACUUCUCCAUCUUCCAAGACCACCAGCUCCCCAAAACGACAACCACUUUCUUCACCAGCCAAGGGUGUCAGCACACGAAGUCCAAACCAGGAACCUUCUGGUUCUCCACAGAGGCUUGCUAGUGGUUUGAAGCUUCCAAGUAAAAGCUAUUUCAGUAGUGGCAUCCCAAAACCAAUUCCUCCUCAACAGCCAUCUAAAUCAGGAUCUGUUUUUAUGAAGUCCUCUCCUCCUCAAAGACCUAAAAAUGUCCGCCCAAAAAUCAUUACUUAUGUCCGUAAGAGUCCUCAGCCAAAGUCACAUUCUACAGAGAGUCCAUAUGAAGCCUCUACUCUGCCUUCAAGGCUUUCACCGUACUCUAGUAUGCCAGCCACAAAGGAGCAAAAAGUUGCAGGAUCUAGAGGCUCACCAGUGAUGUGCUCCUCCAAUAUCCUACAGGACAAGUAUCGACAGGAGUUGCAGAAAUCAGGAUACUACUCACCACCUGGCCUGAUGGUGUCUGGCAUCAGACUACCAGGGCAUACUGUACAUCAUAAAAUGGUAGGAAAGUCAGAAAGUUUCCAUGGUGAACUCCCAGGCAAAUAUCUGCAUGAGGUGGGCAGAGGUGUCCAUCUUGGUGCAUAUGAAAUAGCUGGUGCUACUCGAUCACCAAGGGGUCUAAGGCCUCAGCUUGGCCUUGGAGCAGUCACAAGACAACCUACAACCAAAGCCAGGAUGCUGAUGAGAGGCCAUAGGUCAACUUCACCUCUCAGCCACUCAGCUUCAAUGGGGCAGUCUACGCACUGCUACCAAGAUUCCAUAGAGGAGAAGAAGAAGCCUAUAUUAGAGGUUGCUCCCAAGUCCCUCCUCCCCAAAUCAGGUCAGUCUGGCCUGCGCCCACCGGGCUUCUCCCACCUACCCACUGCUCGCCUUGCUGCUUUCGGCUUCGUUCGCAGUGCCAGUGUGUCCUCCGUGUCCAGCAACCAGUCCAAUGAUAGCACUCAUAGCAGCCCAUGCCGCCCCCCUCACUGUCAAAGCAGUGAAAAUGAGGAGACCUUUGUGCCUCGUACUCCUUUCUCCCCCAGUCAUGGUGGCAGCGGUAGACGAGCUAGCUGUGGAAGUGCCCAUAACACAAGCCGCCGCUCUAUGGUGCCUCCACUGCAGGAUUCGCCUGUUGCUUCUAGAAAGGAGUUUCAAAAAGAUGGAGAUGUUGCUCAUCCUGCUCUGUCCUCCCCAAAGAGAUUUGCAAUGGUCUCGCCCAAACCUCAUUCCCCUGUGCGUCAGAAGUCAUGUGUGGCGCGUCUCGGAGGCCAGACGGAGGGACUGGAUGAACGCCUCCUAGCGGUACAGGGGCUGAAAGAGCGCUGUGAGGAACAAGCCAAGCAGAUCAGCGCCCUGCAGGCCCAACUUGGAGAAACCUCAAUCUGCAUGGACGUCUUGGCAAUUACCACUCAGCACUUCUGCCAUAAGAACGAGAUUGCCUUGGUGAAGGAGAGGGAACUGUCCCUGGAGCUUUCCAGGAUCAGGGAUGAAGUGGUUGUCAGCGUGGGCCGGUGGGAGCGUUUGCAGGGUGAGAAGGCUGAGUUGGAGCGCAAUUUUGAGCAGCAGCUGAGGAAACUGAAGGUGGAGCAGGAGAAGGAACUGCAGGAUCUGCAGGAGAGUCUGAGAGAAGAGCAGCAGAAGGAAACUGAGCUUCUGCAGCAACAGCAGAGCAGCCAGCUAGAGCAGUUCAGCUCCUUGCACCAACAGCAGGUGGAGGAGAUGACCGAGAACCAUGAGGCGGCCAUGCUGGAGAUGGAGGCUGCUCAUAACGCCACACUGGCCACUCUACAGGAGGAGCAUGCUAGGACAGUCAAAAAUCUCAGGAUGGCACACGAACAGCAGAAGAAAUCUCUGGAAGAAGAAUUUGAAAAACUCAGAUUGUCUCUGCAGGAUCAGGUGGACACACUGACGUUUCAGAACCGCAGCUUGAGCGACCGAGCCAAGCGCUUUGAGGAGGCGCUGCGCAGAAGUACAGAUGAACAGAUUGUGGAAGCUUUGGCCCCUUAUCAGCACAUAGAAGAGGAUCUAAAAAGUCUCAAAGAGGUUUUGGAGAUGAAGAAUCAACAGAUCCACCAACAAGAAGUCAAGAUAUCUGAGUUGGAGAAACUGGCCCAGAAAAAUGCCUUGUUGGAGGAGCGUGUUCAGGUGCUACAGCAGCAGAAUGAGGACCUUAAGGCGAGAAUAGAUCUCAACCUUGCCAUGUCCAGGCAACUGUCAGAAGAGAAUGCUAACUUGCAGGAGUACGUGGAGAAGGAGAGUAAUGAGAAAAAGCGCCUGAGUCGCACAAAUGAAGAGCUGCUCUGGCGUCUGCAGACGGGCGAAUUGAGCCCACACAUGUCACCAAAUCAGUCGCCACUCCAUCGACCUUCUCCAGGCCCUGGCUCACCAUCCCACUUACCACCCUUUCCUAGAUGAACCCCACUAUCCUUCUUUCACUUUCUUCCUCUCUCUGUCUUUUCAUCGAUUUCAUUUCAACUGUACCCUCUUUUAUCAAGCGUAAGUUCAAGCAGACACUUAAGGUGCUUUCUGUAGUGUUAUAGACUGUAUCAGUUGAGCUGUAUGUGCUGUAAGUGGGUGCUGAUAACUAGGUUAUCUCAGGAGGCUCAGGAGGAGUGUGUCUGAAUUCAAACCCCUAAACCCUCUGUAAAUCUGUGUCUUACACAUUUUAAUUCUGGAUGAACAAAUGGGGCUCUGUGUAAUACAGUUUGAGUAUAACAGAACUUGGACAGAUAACCCAUUAGUUUAUUCGUUUUAACAAAUUUUAAUGACCAUCAUAUAUAAACAUGAACACAGCCAGUUUUGAGCUGCAGAUUUUUCUACCUUACUUGUAUCAUGCAUAAUGAAGUACUAAUUACCACUGGCAUGUUUUGCAAAUUGGCAGUUUUAAUUAGGUUCUGUGGUGCCUGUAUGUCAAGCUUUGCUUUGACUAGCAUUUGCAGCUUAUAUAGGAUAAACAGUAAAAAUGAAAGCAUAAACAAGAUACAAGAUUCAUAUACUUAAUCAUUCAUUCAUUCAUUCAUUCAUCUCCUGUAAGUGCUUUAUCCUGGUCAGGAUCACCCCUGACACUCCCCACCCCUUCCUUACUCUCACCGGUUAUAUUAUUUUAUUUAUAAGAAUGAAAAGAAUCAAUAUAUCUUGGAUGAGGGGAGUUUAAUAAAUAAAAUAAAUAUAUAUUAACGUAUACAUAUUAAAAUAUGCCUGCAAAAUAUGAAAACUGGAAAACGGAGCAAGAUCUAUAAUAUAUUGUUACCUAAAAAGCAGUUUCUAUUCUUUUCACACCACAAGGGGGCCCCCUCGAACUGACUGAUGCAUAAACCUUUUCACCAAAUAGCGUGGUGCAGGAAUGAGUCCUAAAACCCGGAAAUGAGUUAGCAAUUUUGCAUUUCCGGUUUCAGCGUCCCGAAGUCAAUGGGUUUUUUGAAUGGGUUUUUGGUUAAAUUCUUGAAAUAAGGUCUGUGGUUAACACAAACUCAAGAUAUUUUCAUGCUUUAUUCUACGAUAUAAAAUACAUUAGUACUACCUACUCGUGAUUUUUAAAAGCUUUUACGUGUCUUGAAAAGGACGGUUGCUAGCAAGUGACUAAAUGGGACUACAGAGGUUGUCGGGGACAUUAGACGUCAUCACGCCGAACAGUAAAUCUCAUCUACUGCAGCCUUGUGUUUAUACUCGCGCUCUUGCAAACCAUUCCAACUUGUAGAUUUAUCAAUUUAUAGUAUUUUCCAAUUAUGGUGUUUUUUUGUUUGUUGAGUUGUCAGAAGCUUAGCGGUUGUGACGUUGAAGUCAUGCGACCGUGGUGUAGUUCGUUUAUAGACUAACUUUAUUUAUUUUAUUUUAUUUAUUUUCAUUUCUGGCGAUUGUAUUUAGG